UCGGAUUAUUUUAAUCUAAUUCCGACUUGAAAGUCUUUGAUGCCUCAGACAGCUAUCGAGUUACCCCGUACUAAUGACAGCCCCCGCCUUAACCUUCUAGAUGUUUUCAGGUGUCCAUCAGGUGUCCAUUACGACUUUUAAAAUAUUAUUUCUAUGGACUAAUUAUCUCCUCUGACAACCUUAAUCCCACACUUGCAGAGGUCCGUUCAUAUCCACUGAGAUCAUAGCUGAUGCCAGCUACAAAGCAACAAGAUGGCGUGGACAUGCGGAACAUGCUGGAAGGAAUUUACCACUUUGCGAGGCCGACAGCAACAUAUGGAAGCACUGGAUCAUCGGGUUCCAGAUCAUGAAUGUGAUAAGUGCGAGCGUUUCUUCGGUUCCCGCAGCGCCGUCGUCAAUCACAUGAACGCAAAGAAUCACUGGUUCUACGAAUGUAGCAUCUGCGAUGACAUAUUGACGUCUGAAGAAGAAUUGCGGGAGCACGAGAUAGAAGAGCACUUCUACUGCAAUGAUUGUGACCGGUAUUUUAGCAAUUACAACAAUAUCAAGAUGCAUCUUAACUCGCGCGCCCAUCGCGGCCUAAACAUCAACUGUCCUUUUUGCAAAAAGGCAUACUCAUCCGCCACCGGCCUCGCGCAUCACCUAGAGGAAGGAGCCUGUCCGAGAGCUCCAGACCUGAAUCGAGAUGAAGUAUAUAAGCUCGUCAGAGCCAAAGAUCCAGGCGGCCUUAUCUCCAAGAAGCUAGUCGGCUGGAAAGGUUCUACCAAGUACGAGGCCACGUGCAAAUCGUGGAAUGGACACGCCUUCGAAUGCUACUUCUGCCAUCGCCAAUUCGGCUCACUUAGUUCCCUGAACCAACACCUCAGCUCGCCUACACACCAGCAAAAUCUGUAUCAUUGCCCCAACCGAUUCUUCUGUGGCCGUGAGUUCGUCUCACUAGCUGCUCUUAUGAAUCAUCUCGAAAGCGAAAGCUGCGGAUACACCAGGUUUGAGAACGUGCAGAGGGCCACUAAGAACAUUAUGGACCCAAACCGACUCAUUGGUUUCGAAUAAGAGCAUCGGUGCCUAUCGCUCGACUUUGAGCGGUAGAGCUAGUUUUCAGUACCUUUGACUUGCCGGUUAGGUCUGAUGGGGAGAUAUUACAGUCAAUAAUUAG